UAAUCUGGGUCUGAACCACAGAUUAGAAAAAGGAUAGUCUGUAUGUCUGGUGCUAUGGUAAAAAAAAAUAAAAAUAUAUAACCUUAAUAAUAUGUAAAAAGAGUAAACAAACAGCAAUAUUCUACUCUUAAUAAAAUGUUUAAACUAGUUAUAUAUAUUUUCCUAGUAUUGUUUUCUCUAUGUAAUUGUGAGGAACAUAUUUCUAAUACGAUUUUAUUGAAAUCGGAAAAUGAAGAAACAUUGAACUUCGAAAAUCAGGAAGGUAAUACCUCUAUGAAUGAACUUAAUGCAACCGAAUUAAAUACAAACCUGACAAUUAAUCAUACAGUACAAAGUGCCGAUGAAAUCAUUAAUAAAACCCGAAAAUAUGUCAAGUGUUUACCUGGUCUGGGAACUUCAACCGUUCAGUUGGCUAAUGAUACCGAGUUAAUUAAAUUAUUACAAGCUGAUCCUAAGGUGACAGACCGAGAUGUUCCUGGACUUUGUGUGGUGGUGUUAUUCUAUUCGAAAUACUGCCCUUUCUCUAGUAUGGCGGCACCAUAUUACAAUGCUUUGCCAAGAGCUUUCCCCGAUAUUAAAAUGGUUGCCAUAAAUGCUAUGAUGUAUCACUUAUUUAACACCCAAAAUGGAAUCGUAGGUGUACCAUCAUUGAUGCUGUUUCAUAGCGGAAGGCCUAUUGCAAAGUUUAACGAUUCAGAAUACACUCUUGAAAUGUUUUCAAAGUUUAUAUCAAAAUACACCGGUCUCACUGCUAUGGAAAAGUCGAUUGUGACUUCGGCAGAUUUCGCAGGGCCAGUUGUCAGUAGCCCUUCUAAAGAAUCUGAUGUAUUUUUAAUUAUGUCAUGGUUAUUUAUUAUAAUAUGUAGCGGCUACUACUUUACCAAGUCUAAGUGGUGGACUUGGAUUAUCGAGGCUGUGCAAAGUAAUUGGAGGGAAUCGGAAGCACACGCAAAUCACGAUCACAUAGAUUAAGUUUUUAGGUACCUUAAUUUAUUUUGUACAUUGAUAUUUGAAGUUUAUUCUUUAUCAAAAACUUAUUUAUUUUAAUGUUUUAGGAAAUAUAUG